CACGCCCCCAGUCAAACGACAGCGGUGUGUAGGUGAUAAGACAUUUCAUCUAUUUAUGACUCGACAGGUAAAAUGUGCACCGCGUUUCGAUGUCCAGCUGCUGUUAAAGUAGAUAGGACUUCUUGUAUGACUGAAAUGCUGCCCGGAGGCGGCGUUGCAAUCAUGACCGCCGCGUGACGCGGAUUUCCUUUGGGACUUUGAUGUGAGUGACAGGUGUGUGGCUUUAAUGCAAACAGAACCGGAUGAUUUGGUUAUGGAGCUGAAACCCUCUGUACAUCAUGACCCGAACCGGACCGGGAGGCACUGCGAGACCUGGAGCGUCCGCUUCUCACCCGGAGGAUCUUAUUUCGCCUGGUCAAUGGGCUUCGGCAUGGUCAAGAUUCUCUCCUGGCCGCAAGAUGUUGAAGAUGCAAACAGUAAGAGCAGGAUACUGAACUGUAAGCAGGCUGUUUGGGCUCUGGCGUUUGGACCCUGCACGUCCACCACAGCGGAUCAGAACAGACAUGAACGUGACCUCCUCCUGGCCACCGGUUUGAACAACGGUCAGAUCCAAGUCUGGGUCGUCUCAUCUGGAAGCCUGCUGUAUACUCUAACUGGACAUCAGGCUCUUGUCAGAGAUUUGGUCUUCGCUCCAAAUGGAAGUCUCACUCUCGUGUCGGCCUCUCGAGACAAAACUUUAAGGAUUUGGGACUUGGCAAAGAAAGGUGGUAAUCCGCAUGUACUGAAGGGUCCAAACCACUGGGUGUUCAGAUGUUCAAUAUCACCUGACAGCAGUAUGAUCGCUUCACUGUGCAACUUCGACUCGAAGCUGUAUUUGUGGAGUAUGCGCUCCUACACCUUUAUGAGACACCUGACCUAUGACCAUGAGCGCACCAUGGUGUCAUGUGACUUUUCUCCAGAUGGAGCAUUGCUUGCUGUUGCUUCGUAUAAUUCAUCUACAGGCUGGUGGUUGGACCUGUGGGAUCCUUACACAGCAGAUCUUCUGACUAGAGUCGAAAACUGUGAGUUGUGCGGAGACCGAAGCGAAUCUCUACCGACCAAUCUAAGUUUCUCGCCUGUCGGCCUGCUCCUGGCUUUCAAAGACUACAGGGCAUUACAAAUCUGGGAUGUGGAACGAGAUGAGUUAGUCACAGAUACAGAUCACAACCGUGCCGGUGGGCUGUGCUGCGCUUUCCAUCCACACGGGAGCAUCAUUGCUACAGGGUGCAGAAACGGACAGGUGAAAUUCUGGAGAGUACCACGCCGUGUGCCGAGUCUCAAGCAUCUGUGCCGGUCUGCCCUGAGGUUCUCUGUUUCAACCUAUCAGGUGGAAGCGCUUCCUCUACCGAAGAAAAUUCUGGAAUUUCUCACUUACAGGGACGUUCAGAAGCAAAAGAUCUUAUGUUGUAACAAGCAUUGGAGCUGAGAAAUAUGGCUAAAUAUGCACCAGAUUUUACACUUUAAAAACUGUAAUGUACUUUUGUCAGGAUGCCUAACUUUUCUAGAUUUUAAAUUAUGUAAUUUAAUUUUACCAGGAUGCCUUACUUCUCCAGAUCUUAAAUUAUACAUUCGAAAAGAGACUUUAAAUAAUUAAGUUACACUUAAACUAUUUAUUAAAAUACUUUAUUUUUUA